AUGGAGUCAAGAGGUAAAAGGCUGGUGAACAAAGUCCUGAACCAAGAGAAUAGUCCAGUGCCAAGUUCAACAUGUGGGUUGCGAGAAAUUUUCUUCUCCCCUUAUCAUGCAGAUGCAUCAGACGGACAGAAAUCUAUGAAGAACCAAGAACAAGAAAAGACUGAAUGGGACAAGACUGAAAAUGAUGUUAUUACCAAAGAGGAUGAUACUGAAAACAACACAACUAGAAGAGAUAAUACUAUGAAUACUACAGCUGAAGAGUUUAUGGCUGAAAACAAUAAAAGUGGAGAAGACAAGACUGAAAAUGAUGUUAUUACCAAAGAGGAUGAUACUGAAAACAACACAACUAGAAGAGAUAAUACUAUGAAUACUACAGCUGAAGAGUUUAUGGCUGAAAACAAUAAAAGUGGAGAAGACAAGACUGAAAAUGAUGUUAUUACCAAAGAGGAUGAUACUGAAAACAACACAACUAGAAGAGAUAAUACUAUGAAUACUACAGCUGAAGAGUUUAUGGCUGAAAACAAUAAAAGUGGAGAAGACAAGACUGAAAAUGAUGUUAUUACCAAAGAGGAUGAUACUGAAAACAACACAACUAGAAGAGAUAAUACUAUGAAUACUACAGCUGAAGAGUUUAUGGCUGAAAACAAUAAAAGUGGAGAAGACAAGACUGAAAAUGAUGUUAUUACCAAAGAGGAUGAUACUGAAAACAACACAACUAGAAGAGAUAAUACUAUGAAUACUACAGCUGAAGAGUUUAUGGCUGAAAACAAUAAAAGUGGAGAAGACAAGACUGAAAAUGAUGUUAUUACCAAAGAGGAUGAUACUGAAAACAACACAACUAGAAGAGAUAAUACUAUGAAUACUACAGCUGAAGAGUUUAUGGCUGAAAACAAUAAAAGUGGAGAAGACAAGACUGAAAAUGAUGUUAUUACCAAAGAGGAUGAUACUGAAAACAACACAACUAGAAGAGAUAAUACUAUGAAUACUACAGCUGAAGAGUUUAUGGCUGAAAACAAUAAAAGUGGAGAAGACAAGACUGAAAAUGAUGUUAUUACCAAAGAGGAUGAUACUGAAAACAACACAACUAGAAGAGAUAAUACUAUGAAUACUACAGCUGAAGAGUUUAUGGCUGAAAACAAUAAAAGUGGAGAAGACAAGACUGAAAAUGAUGUUAUUACCAAAGAGGAUGAUACUGAAAACAACACAACUAGAAGAGAUAAUACUAUGAAUACUACAGCUGAAGAGUUUAUGGCUGAAAACAAUAAAAGUGGAGAAGACAAGACUGAAAAUGAUGUUAUUACCAAAGAGGAUGAUACUGAAAACAACACAACUAGAAGAGAUAAUACUAUGAAUACUACAGCUGAAGAGUUUAUGGCUGAAAACAAUAAAAGUGGAGAAGACAAGACUGAAAAUGAUGUUAUUACCAAAGAGGAUGAUACUGAAAACAACACAACUAGAAGAGAUAAUACUAUGAAUACUACAGCUGAAGAGUUUAUGGCUGAAAACAAUAAAAGUGGAGAAGACAAGACUGAAAAUGAUGUUAUUACCAAAGAGGACGAUACUGAAAACAACACAACUAGAAGAGAUAAUACUAUGAAUACUACAGCUGAAGAGUUUAUGGCUGAAAACAAUAAAAGUGGAGAAGACAAGACUGAAAAUGAUGUUAUUACCAAAGAGGAUGAUACUGAAAACAACACAACUAGAAGAGAUAAUACUAUGAAUACUACAGCUGAAGAGUUUAUGGCUGAAAACAAUAAAAGUGGAGAAGACAAGACUGAAAAUGAUGUUAUUACCAAAGAGGAUGAUACUGAAAACAACACAACUAGAAGAGAUAAUACUAUGAAUACUACAGCUGAAGAGUUUAUGGCUGAAAACAAUAAAAGUGGAGAAGACAAGACUGAAAAUGAUGUUAUUACCAAAGAGGAUGAUACUGAAAACAACACAACUAGAAGAGAUAAUACUAUGAAUACUACAGCUGAAGAGUUUAUGGCUGAAAACAAUAAAAGUGGAGAAGACAAGACUGAAGGCAUUAUGAAUGAAGAGGACACUACAAGACAAUUUGACGAUAAUACUACUGAAGAGAUAUUCGACAAAUUCAACCAUGGAGAGAGGUGCGGGCCGAAACACCAGGAACGGGCGUGCCCUCGGGUCCUUGAACAAACAGACCCUACCCCAGUUCCCCGGGGCCUGGUGUUAGCUCGUUUAACCGAGACGGGAAUUCGCGCACGACUCGGGCUCGCACGUAGCAGCAGAGACUCCGACAUCUCUGCUCACUGCACACUUCCUGACCAAGGACUGACGUGGCUGGUCUCAGAUCCGUAUCGUCACUGA